AUGGAGGAGAAGCCCGGCCAGCCACAGCCUCAACACCAUCACAGCCACCACCAUCUGCACCACCACCCGCAGCAGCAGCAGCAGCAGCAGCAGCAGCCGCACCACCACCACCAUUAUUAUUUUUACAACCACAGCCACAACCACCACCAUCACCACCAUCACCAGCAGCCUCACCAGUACUUGCAGCAUGGAGCCGAGCGCAGCCCCAAGGCCCAGCCAAAGCCUCUGAAACAUGAGCAGAAACACGCCCUCCAGCAACACCAGGAAAUGCCGAAGGAGAAAACAGGCUAUGGUGAACUAAAUGGUAAUGCUGGAGAAAGAGGACUAUCUUUAAAGAGCCUGGAUUCUGAUGAAGCUAAUCCUAUUUCCAGGGUCCUCAAUGGUAACCAGCAAAUUGUAGACACUAACCUGAAGCAGACUGUGAAGGCCAGCACCUUUGGAAAAGCAGGAGUUAAAACCAAGAAUUUUAUUCAGAAAAACAGUAUGGACAAAAAGAAUGGGAAGUCUUAUGAAAAUAAAUCUGGAGAGAACCAAUCAGUAGACAAGACCGAAGUUGUAGCAAUUCCAAAUGGUGUUGUAACAAAUAAUUCAGGCUAUAUUACUAAUGGUUAUAUGGGCAAAGGGGCAGAUAAUGAUGGCAGUGGAUCUGAGAGCGGAUAUACCACUCCUAAAAAAAGGAAAGCCAGGCGCAAUAGUGCCAAGGGUUGUGAAAACCUUAAUUUAGUGCAGGACAAAAUAAUGCAACAGGAGACUAGUGUCCCAGCUUUAAAACAGGGACUUGAAACUUUCAAACCUGACUAUAGUGAACAAAAGGGAAGUCGAGUAGAUGGUUCUAAGCCCAUUUGGAAGUAUGAAUCUGGGCUUGGAGGAGCAAGCCGAGGAAAACCCACUGUUGGUGAUGCUAAACCUGGUGUGAGCAACAAAAAGUUUGAUGAUCGGCCCAAAGGAAAGCAUGCUUCAGCAGUUGCCUCCAAGGAGGACUUGUGGACCCUAUUUAAACCACCCCCAGUUUUUCCAGUGGACAAUAGCAGUGCUAAAAUAGUUCCUAAAAUAAGUUAUGCAAGCGAAGUUAAGGAAAACCUCAACAAAACUGUACAGAAUUCUUCUGUGUUUCCAUCUUCAUCUUCAUCCUCUUCAUCAUCUAGUGGGGAAACUCAGACCCAAUCUUCAGGUCGGUUAUCCCAAGUUCCUGUGUCUGCACUGAAAUCUGUUACUUCUGCCAGUUUUUCUAAUGGACCUGUUUUAGCAGGGACUGAUGCAAGUGGGUAUUCUCCAGGGGUUCAGCCACUGCUCACUACUGCUGCUAAUACUCCCAUCUCUUCUGGGACUGAUUCAGUUCUCCAGGACAUGAGUUUAACUUCAGCAGCUGUUGAACAAAUUAAGUCUAGCCUUUUUAUCUACCCUUCAAAUAUGCAAACUGUGCUGUUGAGCACAACACAAGUGGAUCUGCCCUCUCAGACAGAUCAGCCAAACUUGGGGGAUAUCUUCCAGAAUCAGUGGGGUUUAUCAUUUAUAAAUGAACCCAGUGCUGGCCCUGAGACUGUUAUUGGGAAGUCAUCAGAUCAUAAAGUAAUGGAGGUGACAUUUCAAGGGGAAUAUCCUGCCACUUUGGUUUCACAGGGUGCUGAAAUAAUCCCCUCGGGAACUGAGCAUCCUGUGUUUCCCAAGGCUUAUGAGCUGGAAAAACGGACUAGUCCUCAAGUUCUGGGUAGCAUUCUAAAACCUGGGACUACUAAUGAGAGUGGAGCCUUAUCCUUGGAACCCAGUGGUAUAGGUGACCUGCAAAAAGCAGACACCAGUAGUCAAGGAGCUUUAGUGUUUCUCUCAAAGGACUAUGAGAUAGAAAAUCAAAAUCCUCUGGCCUCUCCUAGGAACACUUUGUUAGGCUCCGCCAAAGAACAGAGAUAUCAGAGAGGCCUAGAAAGAAAUGAUAGCUGGGGUUCUUUUGACCUGAGGGCUGCUAUUGUAUAUCACACUAAAGGUAACUCAUUUGUUUCCUAUGCAAAGAUUCUUACUGGCCAAUUUAAGGUAUUUUUAUUACCUGUUUGUAUUAAGGGUGGCUUUAACUGAGAUUCUUCAAAAAGAACGUGGAUAAG